AUGGCGAAGAAGAAGCUUAAUGAUGAGAAUACUACUUCAAAUCCUAGUGGGGGUAGGAAUCUUGAUGGGCCGGUUCCAUUUCCCGAUCGACUUGCGGAGAGGAAGUUGAAUGAUAAGUUUGUAAAGAUCCUUAGUGUGAUGAAGAAUUUGCACAUCAACCUCCCUUUCAUCGAAGUUGUCACACAAAUGCCUUCAUACUCCAAGUUCCUCAAAGAUAUUCUCACCAAGAAAAGGAAUCUCAAUGAUGAGCUCAUCACUCUUCCCUAUCAAGGGCACCUUAGCGAUCUUGGAGCAAGUUUUAGAUUAAUUCCUCUAUCUAUUGCUCAAAAUCAUAACAUUAAAAUGAUCCCUACAAGGAAGACUAUCCAAUUGGUUGACCGUUCGGUGAAGUUACCUUGUAGUGAGCUUCCUAUUCAAGUUGGGCGUAUUUAUGUGCCUUGUGAUUUUGUAGUGAUGGAUAUGGAAGAAGAUGCUGAUACUCCUGUUAUUUUUGGUUCUGAAGCUCUUAAGGCUUUGGGGGCGGUGAUCAAUUGCAAGAACAACCAUUACAUGUGA